AAGCCGACGUGGUCAGGGCCAAUCCUGGUGCGGCUGUGUCGUCAUCAUGCGGCGCCGGCUUGUCCGUCGUCGGGAGUGGCCGGUCGGAAGGUGAGUGAAGGCUCGCCCCGGGUUCCCGGGCGCUCCGAGGACGAUGAUUUUCCGGCGGCUGCUGGCAGCCCUGCUGCACAACCCGCAGCUGGUGGAGCGGCUGUCCGAGUCACGGCCUAUCCGGCGGGCGGCGCAACUCCCGGCUUCCGCGCGGCUGCAGCUGCAACUGCGCGGCCACGACGCGGCCCGCCGUCUGCGCGCCCUCGCGGGUCAGCCCCUAGGCUCCUUGGGUCGCCGCGCCACCCGGUUCAAGGACACCUUCACCCAGGAACUCCGCCGAGGCCUCCGGGACCAACCAGGGUCAUCCCCAGGUCAUCAGAAGGGUCCGGGCACCAAAUCAUAAGCACAGACUGCACUCUCACGGGCCUAGGUCACGUUCCCCCACCCCUCCCUCCAGUGAUCUACACCGACCUUAGCAAACAUGAGUCAUCUCCCGCACGAUGCACGGCCUCGAAUCCUGACGCGGCGGUCAACAUACAGAAGCCUAAGGUCAAAUGGACAUGUGCGUGGUAGUCCUGUGACUAGGCAGGACGUAAAGACCCCGAAGGCCACCAGAGAUAAAAGUCAACACCAAAACUUAGUAUGACUGAGAGCCAAGGACAAACGACCAGGAAGCCUGCCUUCUGCAAGCGGGACUGAAGCGAAAUAAACGCUACUGCCAUCUGCACUGGUGCAGGAGAAUACCAGGGAAGAUGGUAGAUGGAAUGACAACCCUGAGGUUGCCAAGAUCUCUGGUUAAAUAUGUAAGCUGCUAAGUCUGUAGGAUCUUGCUAAUAAUAGUUUACACGUUAAGCGUC